AUGCCCGACCCCGCAUUGCAGCGGUACCUCGCGGAGCACUACAUCUCCGGCCCGAAAUCCGAUGCAAUCCUCAAGCGCUAUGGAGACGACGGCCAAAAGAAGAAGAAACGCAAGAAACGCGAGGGAGCGGACGGUGGAGGUCUCUUGAUCCAGGAUGAGGCAACGGUGUGGUUUGGCGAGGAGGCGCCAGCAGAAGAGGACGAGGAAGAAGGUGUGGCGCCUGAUUUUAGUAUAUCCGAUGUAAGUGUGCCCAGCACAUCAUCCAAGCCGUCCGGAUGGAAGAGCGUGCGCGCAGCAGGCCCAGACGUGGCGCAAGCACAAGAAACGCCAGCGCAGGCGCCGGUGCCAAUCAAGGCGGGCCUGAUGUCGCGCGAGGCUAUCAAAGCACAGCGCGAGGCUCGCGAAGCGCAGCAUGCGCAUGAAACCCAAAGUGCAGAGGCGCACGCGGCGGCGCAAGAAGCAGAAACGACAGUCUAUCGAGACGCGCAAGGCCGGCGUAUUAAUGUAGAAGACGAAGAGACACGGAUUCGUGCCGAGCAGCUGGAAGCGGAGCGUAAGGACAAGGAGCGCAAAGUAUGGGGCCAAGGUGUAGUCCAGCGCCGUGCGAAACAUGCACAGCAGGCGGAACAGCAGGCGGUACAAGAAGAGGGCGUGGUGCGACAUGCAGACGAUGCGCGCAUGAACGAUAUACUCAAGGAGCAGAUCCACCCCGACGAUCCAGCAAAGCAUUUUCUCACACGGCGCGCGGGGCGCCGCGCCGUACGGCCUACCUACGAGGGCCCACCGCCGCCGCCGAACCGGUUUGGCAUCAAGCCUGGGUAUCGUUGGGAUGGCGUGGAUCGCAGCAAUGGAUUCGAACGGAAACUAUUUUUGAAACUAAAUGCAAACGAGCGCCUCCGCGCAGAGUUCCAGGCGUGGUCAGCGGAAGCGAUGUAG